AUGGCUGUGGCUGGAAAACGAAAGCGCAGUGAGGGCUCUGUCCCGGCGCAGAAUAGCUCAUCUUCCUCGACCACUUCAAAAGGAAAGGAGCGUGCUUUACUUUCGCAAGAUGAAGAUGGCGGUGCAGAUGCCGAGCAUGGGCAGACCUGCGUGCGAGCGCCGCCACUCAAUGCAGCAGCGCUGGACACUAUGCUCAACACUACGUCCCUCGAUGGACUGCGCUCCGCACUCUCCAGUCUGCGCUCGCAGACACGUCUCAAGUCCGAGGAACAGCCUGGCGGAGGAGGCGCGAUCCCUUCACCGUCGGAUCCCAGGAUCAAGCUUGUCACAUCCUAUCUUGAGCGGAAGGGAGUUGACAGCAUCAAGCAGAUUCUUAAAGUGUGGGAUCUAGCAAUUGAAAAGGAUGUGCCAUCUCUCGUUGCCCUCCCCAUUUUCGCUCUAUCAAACAUCCUCCGCCUCCUUUCUGCUCAUUAUCCCACACAUGCCUUAGGAGACGCCGUGAUCACUCAACUUCUCCCCCAAAGCCCCACGAGUGAAGACAAAUACAAGAGCAGCUCAUCCCAUCUUGAUCAGCUCAUCAGCUACCUUGUCGACAGUCGCGAUGCGCAGCGGUAUCACGGCCAAAAUCACGGUGGAAACAGCCACAGAGCUAAAGGAAAUGCGGCCAAGAACGAGAUGCUCACCCUCGCGGCACUCACAUUGCUCGGAAGCAUGGCCGACUUCAGCAGCGGCAAAUACGCAAAUGCCAUCUUCCAGGCUAUGCCCUGGGGCAGCAAGGGGCUCACGAGACUUUCGACCGCAAGAAGACGGACGAACCAGAAAAGGGCACUAAAGCACGUGAAAACUGAUAUCAGUGGCAGCAAGCUCGCUGGCUCUCUCGCCGGGUACGAUGAGCGCACCAUCACCCCGAGUCGUCCAGACAUCCGCUCUUUAUAUGUUCUGCUCCUGCUUUCUUUACUACGAGCAUCACCCUCGCUCCGAAGCAGCAGUAGUGGGAAUAUUGUUUGCAAAGGCAAUCUCCUAUCCCUAUCACCCAGCCCAUUCUCGGCCAUUUUCCGAGGGCUUCCUCAAGACCCCUCGUGGAUCGUGUCGCAAGUUCUACAGUGCCUCCAUGCGCAUGUCCUUUCCGACGAUAAGCUUCCACGCAAGGCCAAGCUCAGUCUGAUGAGCAAUAUGUCCGUCUUGGAGCCGCUGUUGAGCAUGUACGCGCGGGUUGGGGACAAAGUCGAUGCUAGGACCGGUCUGCCGCUCACUCAUGACCAUGAAAAUGAGGAUGAAGAAGAUCAUGACGUCGGCAUUACGGUUGCACAGAUGGUUCACCACUUCUUGCUAGCCGUUUGCACACAUCCUGGCUUCGGUAUCACCUUCGGUGAUCAAGGAUGGUAUCCCAGAGGAGGCGCAGCAGCAGCAAACGAUCGCACGGGCGACACUUUCAGCGAAGGACAGCAGGCCCGAAAUGACGAAGAGAAUACAUCUGCCGGAGUCUCCAAGGCGAAAGGGCUGCAUAACCCCAUCCUCUACUCUUUCUUGCGCUCCAUUCCACCCACACGCACAUCACUCCACUCUGAGCUUGUCCUACGCAUCUGCCAAGCAUGUCCUGAGCUUAUUGGUGCGUGGCUCCCGAACAAUUCAGCCCCGAGCAAUGCCAUCAACCAAGCAGAUCAGAAGGGAGCCUCGACUAGCUGGCUGGCUUCUUCUGCGCUCGUCACUCGGAUACUCUCGUUGCCAUUGCCUUUCGGUGGUGAAGGCCGAAGCGGCUCAGCAUCUUUAGCGGUCAAAGCGGUCCCUCCACCUCUUCCUAGUGUCUUGUCCAAUCUGUUGCCGUCACCGCCAAUAUCGCGCUCCAUCUUCAUGCGAGCACUGAGUAGCAAGGAUCGCCUGAUGCAGCACGCGGCUCUACUGUUACUCGCUUCCGCACUUGAUCGACUGCGCCGGUUCGGAGCGGUGUGCGAAGCCGCAUUUGAUGAGUUCGAAGAGGCGCAGGCUGUCGCCCCGCGAUCGCUGUUGCUGGACAGUGUGGAACAAGAGGAGCACGGUGGCCUUGCAUUCCAAUCUAUACAAGGGCGAUGGACCGCUAUCUGGGAGGCGACACGUGCAGAAUCCGUCAAGCUACUACCAGAUCCGAGUGCGCUUAUGGCCUACCUGACUCAGUUGACCGUCACUGCGGAUGCAAUGACCGGGAAUGAGGCAGAUGGAGAUGCACCCUCUAUUUCACAAGGAAACACUCUUCUCCUUGAGGCGACUUUGAGAUGCAUUUGGCUACACUAUGAAGCCCUUCACCGUUCCCACCCCAUCAACUCCGCUGCCGGCGGCCUCGAAAGCCAAAACACUAUGGACGUUAGCAAGCUGCUCGCCUUUGUCACCUCUCGUCCUGACGAGGGCACGUCUGAUGCUGCAAAUGUUUUGCAACCCGUUUGCCAGCUUCACACUCUUCGAAGCGUCACAAUUGUCUGCAAGAAAGACGCAGCACAGCGUUCCAGCGGUUCCAAUUUUGACAUUUUUUCGCGUGGCAGUGGGCAGCACACCUCAGCCGAAGGUGGUGGAGCGCCACGCUCCAACUUUGAACGCAUCGUGACGCUUUGGUUCAGGACGGAUGAUAACAACAUUCGCUCGGCUUGCGAGGAGCUGCUCGAUGCUGCUGUCGCAAGAGGCCCGCUCUUUGAGCUAAAGCCGGACGAAUGGCAGUUUUGGUUGUGGGCUCUCCAACCGGACAAUGUGCGCAGCUCAAUCGAUGAGCCAGGCCUGCGGGCUAUUCUGGCUUUUAUUGACGAGUGCGCUACACGAUGCGGCAAGCUUAUUCACCGCUAUGUCGAGAUAUCGCGCUCUCUCAGACUCAAGGAGGACAUCAAUCGAGAUCACGAUCUUCCCGUCAGUCCAUUGUUCGUGGCCGUCUUGGAGCAAUUCAACAUCCGAAUGCAAAAACGACUUCUCUCGGCAGAGGUUCUGCCGCAACUUGCUGCAUAUAUUGAGCGGUUGGUCGUCGCUCUCAUUGGUGCCAUGGUGGACCGCGACAUCCUGCUCCGCAUCUCAGGGCAAUGUGCUGACGCCGCUGUCAAGGGCGAAGCUGAGGUUGGCAUUUAUGCCGCUUCUGCAUCUGAGCUGCAAGCAGCCUUGCAAAGGGGUAGUCGCCCGCUCCAAGCUUGGCAGCUUGAAGCCCUGGCCAGAAGGGCCGCGGCUUUGAAUACGCCUUACAUCGCUUUCGAGCUCACUCCCGGUCAGGAAUCACCGCCACAGUACUUUGCCUCCUUGCCAUCGCUUGCGUUGCUGCAUGGCUAUGUGCCGGCUGGCGUCGAGCCUCCUGAGUACUUUGCUCUGCGGAGAGCAAUUCCAUCUCGUCAAGAAAUGCACCUGAUACUCGCCAAGGAAAGCAAUGCCUACUUGCGCUUCAAAGCCUGCGCGACGCUGUUGCCAUGCGCCGAUGAAUGCCAACUGGUCACAGUCACGGAAUUAGCGUUGGCUAACCUCAAAGUCAUACCCACACCAGGUGUCCUCGAUGAGCUCCACGACGCGCUGUCAUGCAUCGUUUCUCUGUCGUGUCCUGCCGCAUGCAGCAAGAUCGUAAGCAAUGCAGAUUUACUUCUCUCGAUCGAACCUCACAAGGCGCUGCCCAUCUUGGCAAAUGCAGCACGAAAGCCAAACGUCGAUUUCAUCCAUCUCCCGUUGCCAAAGGCUUCCGAGCUGGGCGGCAUAUGGAAGUCGGACGCCGGAGAUGCUCUCCUUUCUCACAUUGUUUCAAAGGACACGGCUUCCGCCAUUGCCAUCAAUACAGCAUUUGCAAACGUAAAAGACCACACUGUGCUUCAAAACUACGCCGAGACAGUGCAUGCUCUUGUCAGCCGACCCGGAGAUCUCAAUCUGCUCGAAAAGAUCGGCCGGGUUUGCAUCAAAAGCGUCUUUGUACCUCGCCUAUGGGAUACAGAGCAUCAGAAACAGAUCCUCGCAGAGCGGAGCUUGAAGAUCUGGCUCGUCAAGCAGGCUAUCACCCCAUCUGAGUUGGCCGCCCAGAUCACCUGCCAAGCACCACAGAACAGCCGUGAUGUCUUCAAGGCCGGUGUGAUCCGCAUGGUCCUCCAUCUGCUUGUGCUCUCUCCGGAAACAGUUGCGGUCACCAAUCUGGUCACCUCGGUGAUUGAUCACAGCCUGCUAUGGCUCGUACGGCGCUUUGCGGAGGACGCAAGCGACAGCGAGGCAACUCUGUCGGCGAUCAGAGAAUUCCCAGCAUUACUGAGAGCCGCAUCGAUCGCCAAGCUUCAAGUCAAGCCACACCUUGCCGAGCCAGUGAUCGAGGCUGGCAUUCGUCACCGUCUGUCAUCAACGCCUCAGAUGGAUAUCGUUGAUCUCCUUUGCGCAACAUCGGCGAUACCUGGGUCAACUGCCACGCGUCUUGCCACGCUGCUCAUGUCGCAAAAAGACUUUGCUGCUGCAGCUCGCUCGCACCCCGCAGUUUCCUCUGUGCUGUGCUCGCUCGUCAGUUGCGGAGCUGCUGCCAACGGACUUGCCGAGCAUCUGUUUUCCAUCUAUGAUGGUACACUCAGCAUAUCUGAUCGUCUCGUCUUCGAUGCUCUGCAGACUCUCGCAAACGCAAGUGGGGCCGAGGUAUGGUCUGAGUGGACCCAAGGGAAUGCAAAGGUGCCGUUGUUCGUCAAGCUACUCUCCCUGGACCGCACCUGGAUGUUUUCGACCUGCGCAACAUUCCCUCGUAGCCGUCGCUUCGGUAGUGUUUCCGUCGGUCACGCUGCACUAGAUCCUAUUGCUGCCAAAUCGACAUACGACCCGCUUAUGGUGCUAUCCCUGUUUUCGGCGGUCCUCUGCACGCGCAAGCUUACUGGACUCGACCUGCUCUCACUGCUCCGGAACAAUGUGCUCGGCGUUGUGAUAUGCAGCUUGUCUUCUCGCAGCUCCCACAUCAGAGGGUUCGCGUUGACGAUCCUUGGUCGCACGCAUGCCAUGCUCAAGACAGCAGCCUUUUCCGAGCAAGAGGAAAUCGUCCUCGUAUUUGAUCUCCUGCGCGAUCAGCUUCACUACGACCCUGCUGCACGUGAAGCGGUGCCUGCACUUCCCUUUUCGACGACGCUCUUCUUUGCACAUGCUUUCCGCACCAUCGCCGCACCGGCCAACUUUGCCUUCCCCUCGAUCAUGCGCUUCUUUUUGCAGCGUCCCGCCUACGAUACGAUGGAUUUGCCGCUACUCUACAAUUACCUCUCCUCUGCCUCGGACGAACAUAGGCAGGAACGGGUCUGGAUUCUGCGCUUCCUGUGCGAUAUCCUGCGCUCAGGAGGGCACGUUGAAUGGCAACUUUGUCGCCGCCGGCAUGUCCCUGAACUGCUCAUGAGCAUGUAUCCAACGCUGCUCGGCGAAGCCGGCUCGCGGCAUGCGCGCGAGCUCAUCGAGGAGUGCAUGGGCAUCAUCUGCUCUCAGUCUCGGCCUGCGCAAGAUAUGCUCAGGCGACAUGGCAUGCUCACUUGGAUUCGUCUGCAGCAAUCCGCGGAGGAGCGACCUAGAGAGCUGUGGAUGCACCUGGCGGCGUUGCUACUGCGAUGCGAUGCGUCGCACGGCCAAACGUUCGCUGCUCAUGCCGUCGCGCUUCUUCAAAUCUUCCUGGAUGGCUUUCAGCGCGGAGGCAAGGUUGAGCAGGGGCAAGAGUUUACAUGCGCCUUGGUCACGCUGCUUCGGCGUCUUUGCAAGCAUGAUAUUUUGGGUGCUGCGCUUGGCGUACCAGCCAGCAUCGUGCUUGAUGUGCUACAGGCGCUGGCAAAAAGCAAGUCAAUGAAUCGAAUAGUCGCAGCAGACGUCCUGGAAGCGACGCGGCUUGCGUCAACAUUAUGGUUUCAGUCACGAGAAAGCUUCGUGCAAUUCGGAGCGAAGUUCGCAGAGGUGCACGCUUUAUGA